CUCCUCCUCCAUUGUUCCUUAGCUAGUAGCCAAGCACACCUUCUCCAUUCCCUAGCGAAUCAACUUCAGAGCUUGCUUCAAGAGGUCGGUCACUUGCAGCAGGCUAAGCUAGCACAAUGGCCACCGCCCUGAGCAGCCUCCGCGCGCCGGCCUUCUCCCUCCGCCUCGCCCCGGCCCCGGCCCUCUCCACCGUCGCGUUGCCCGCGACAACCGGCAAGCUGGCCCGUGGCGCCAGGCUGCGCGCGCAGGCGACCUACAACGUCAAGCUCAUCACGCCGGAGGGGGAGGUCGAGCUGCAGGUGCCCGACGACGUCUACAUCCUCGACCAGGCCGAGGAGGAAGGCAUCGACCUGCCCUACUCCUGCCGCGCCGGCUCCUGCUCCUCCUGCGCCGGCAAGAUCGUCUCGGGCACCGUCGACCAGUCCGACCAGAGCUUCCUCGACGACGACCAGGUCGCCGCCGGGUGGGUGCUCACCUGCCACGCCUACCCCACCUCCGACGUCGUCAUCGAGACGCACAAGGAGGAUGACCUCACCGCCUAAGCCCUGAUCAGCUACCCUAUACAUCUGUAUCUGUCUUGCAAGAGUUGUCGACGACGACGAACGUAACCACGCCGGAGAAAAUUAAUCCCAUAGUAUCAUGCACGCAUGUCGUCAGUGUCACCAUGAGACCGAUCAUCAUAUCUACAGGUCGAUCUGUUAGUGUGCUUGCAUUGGUCUCCAUUAUUCAUUUUUACUGCGGAUGCAUGCAUGAUUAAUUUCGCUAUCAAGUAAUUAAGAAUAAUAUCUAUUUUUUGGUA